AAGGGAGUCAGUCAGAGUGGCCAUCUUCAGCAGCACCAAAGCACCCACGCAGGGGAGAAGGCUUUUGAAUGCUCAGAGUGUGGGAAGAGGUUCAGUCGGAGUAGCCAUCUUCAACAACAUCUAAGAACCCACACAGGGGAGAAGCCUUUUGAAUGCUCAGAGUGUGGGAAGGGAUUCAGUCAGCAUGGUGCACUUCAAAGGCAUCUAAGAACCCACACUGGGGAGAAGCCUUUUGAAUGCUCAGAAUGUGGGGAGAGAUUCAGUGCGAGUGGCCAUCUGCAGCAGCAUCGAAGAACCCAUACUGGGGAGAAGCCUUUUGAAUGCUCAGAGUGUGGGAAGGAAUUCAGUCACAGUGGCCGUCUUCGUCUGCAUUUAAGAAUCCACACAGGGGAAAAGCCUUUUGAAUGCUCAGAGUGUGGGAAGAGAUUUACUCAAAGUGGUAAUCUUCAGAAGCACCGAAGAACCCACACAGGGGAGAAACCUUUUGAAUGCUCAGAGUGUGGGAAGAGAUUCAGUCAGAGUGACAAUCUUCAACAACAUCUGAGAACCCACACUGGGGAGAGGCCUUUUGAAUGCUCAGAGUGUGGGAAGGGAUUCAGUCACAUUGGCACUCUUCAGGUGCAUCUAAGAACCCAUACAGGGGAGAAGCCUUUUGAAUGCUCAGAGUGCGGGAAGGGAUUUAUUCAGAGUGGUGAUCUUCAAAAGCAUCUAAGAACCCACAACGGAAAGAAGCCUUUUGAAUGCUCAGAGUGCGGGAAGGGAUUUAUUCAGAGUGGUGAUCUUCAAAAGCAUCUAAGAACCCACAACGGAAAGAAGCCUUUUGAAUGCUCAGAGUGUGGGAAGAGAUUUAGUCAGAGUGGUAACCUUCAGCAGCACCGAAGAACCCACACAGGGGAGAAACCUUUUGAAUGCCUGGAGUGUGGGAAGGGAUUCAGUCAGCGUGGCGAUCUUCAAAGGCAUCUAAGAACCCACACAGGUGGAAGCCUUUUGAAUGCUCAAAGUGUGGGAAUGGAUUCAGUCACAAUGGCAAUCUUCAAGAACAUCUAUGAACCCACACAAGGAGAAGAUAUGUGAUUGCUUAGUCCAGAGGUGUCAAACUCAUUUGUCACAAU